AUGGCAUUUAGACGGUCAAUACUCAUUGAUUUGCUGGGGCUUUAUAAUACACGGAUGCAUUGUUGGUUAUUCAAGAAGAAUUAUUUUCCUUCAUUGCAGCAAAAAUUAUCGUGCUUCAACAGUUCUCUUGCAUCAGGGUAUAUUAUGGUGUGGAGAACACUGCUGUAUGUGAUGCAAUGGUGGCUGUUCAGGGAGAAGGUCAGGGUAGUUUCAUUACUAGGUCAUCCACGAGAAAUCAGAGAAUUGAGAGAUUAUGGAGAGAUGUUUUCAGAUAUAUCUGACAUCCAUUUUUCUACAUAUUCUAAGCAAUGGAUAAAACUGGGGUUUUGGAUGUUGAAAACGCUAUUCACAUGUUUACUUUAUAGUAUGUCUAUUUGGCAAGAAUAAAUAAUGCUUAAUCUGAGUGGAUGAUCUCUUUCAAUAACCAUCCUGUCCAAACAGAACGCAGUCGGUCACCAAAUCAAAUGUGGUUGAAUGGGGUAAUGCAUCCAUGCAAUCCUCUUACUAAUGGUAGUAAUGAUGUUCAGCCUGGACAUAUGACAUUUUAUGGAGAAGAUCCUGAAGCACCGAUACCAACUGAAGAAUCCAACAACAAUGUUGAAGUGUUCCUUGCCCAGUUACCAAGCAACAACACUGAUGAACUGGUGGCCUAUUUAAAUACUGCUGUUGAUCCUUUACAGGAGUCUUCUAGUUUUGGUGUAGACAUUUAUGCUAAAGCUCUUGAAAUUAUAUUUCAGAAGUUAGAGGAAAAUCACUUAAGAAGACACUGA